GCUUUGAGCUAAACGACCAAAACUCUUUAACUUGCGUCUGCUCUCUCUCUCUAAACAGAGCAAAACAGAGAGAGAAUAGCGGGUCGCCAUGGCCACUCUGCAGCUUUUGCAGUCAUCUGUUUUAGCAAAGGGCGGCCAUUUCUCCUUCAGUGCAAGGAAGCAGCCUCCUUGGCCAUGGCGAGGAGGCGUGCGCAUGGGUUUGAGAGAAGAUGGACCCUCCGUUGCAGUAGUUGGAGUUACAGGCGCUGUGGGCCAAGAGUUUCUUCGCGUUCUAUCUGAUCGUGAUUUCCCUUAUCACUCAAUCAAAAUGCUCGCUAGUGCUCGCUCUGCUGGAAAGCCCCUGUCUUUUGAGGGGAGAGAAUACCUCAUUGAGGAGCUCAAAGAAUCUAGCUUCGAAGGUGUAGACAUUGCUCUCUUUAGUGCUGGUGGAUCCAUAAGUAAAAAAUUUGGGCCAAUAGCUGUACACCUAGGAUCGGUCGUGGUUGAUAAUAGCUCUGCCUUUCGAAUGGAUGAGGGGGUUCCACUAGUCAUUCCCGAGGUCAACCCAGAAGCAAUGGCUCACAUAAAACUUGGUUCAGGAAAAGGAGCACUUAUAGCAAAUCCAAAUUGCUCGACAAUUAUAUGCUUAAUGGCUGCAACCCCUCUUCAUCGGCAUGCCAAGGUAUUGCGUAUGGUCGUUAGCACGUAUCAGGCUGCCAGUGGUGCUGGUGCUGCUGCAAUGGAGGAGCUUGAACAGCAGACUCGGGAGGUCUUGGAGGGUAAGAAACCAACGUGUAAAAUUUUCAACCAACAGUAUGCAUUCAACCUGUUUUCACACAAUGCGCCGAUAGUUUCCAAUGGCUAUAAUGAGGAGGAAAUGAAAUUGGUAAAAGAGACUAGAAAAAUCUGGAAUGACCCAAAUGUAAGGGUCACCGCCACUUGCAUUCGAGUUCCUGUAAUGCGUGCACAUGCUGAGAGUGUCAAUCUCCAAUUUGAGAAGCCACUGGAUGAGGACACAGCUAGGGAAAUUCUCAAAAAUGCUGCUGGUGUUGUAGUUAUUGACGAUCGAUCUUCCAAUCGCUUCCCUACACCACUAGAGGUAUCGAGCAAAGAUGAUGUUGCAGUGGGACGUAUACGCUCUGAUCUAUCCCAAACUGGAAAUCAUGGGUUGGACAUUUUUAUUUGCGGGGAUCAAAUACGAAAGGGAGCCGCCCUUAAUGCGAUACAGAUUGCAGAGAAAUUGUUGUAAUCCCUUUUGAAUUUUUUCUGAAAAUGCGCCACUGAAUGGUGCCCUUUUAUCUCCAGUUAGAGAGGGAGUAUUUAUUGAAAAAAGUUGAGAGAGAUAGAGCAGCUGUGAGGCCUCAUGAACGAGUUUUGGCGUGUCUUGCUUUCCACAUUAAUUGUAAAAUUACUGAUUCUUAAUUAUAUGUCCUAAGACUUUUAACUUCUCAAUUAUAUUUAUAUGUACUAAAACAUUUAACUUCUCAAUUAUAUCUAAUAAGACUUUUAACUCA